UAUUGGAAAAAUAAAAAUAAAUAUUUUAUUUUUGAUAAAGAAAGUUCAAUUCAACGAAGUUCAGCUUUGAACGUUUAAUUUUGGUUUAAUGGUAGAAAUUUGUGAGGAAAAGUAGCUGUAUAGUUGAAAAAUGUAAGCAGCAGUAUGUUCAUCGUAGCUUAGCUCAGAUUUCCAACAGAGAGUGGCAUAGACAUGGUAACUUAACAUAUGGAAUUGAAUAGUAACUUGACUAUUCAAUUUGCCAAUGUUAGAAACGACGAAACAUUCCCAUUUUCCAUCAUCAUCGUGAAAGGAUGUGUUUGCGGGGACUUGUCUUACAAUACCGAAGAUGAGAUUCACGUCGGUUACUUGGAUCAUCAGGGAAAUACCUUUCAAGAAAAAUGUUACAAACUCGUAGACAAGAAAUUCUCUUUACUAUUAUGUUUGAAGCCUGGAAUCAAUGAUUUUCUAUUCACGUUCAAGACCGUCAAAAUAAGGCAAACUUAUCAUCAUGUUUCACCUUCAGUCAAAUUUGUUGUUUCUCCUACGUUCAUCAUUUGUAAAGGAGAAGACAUACCGUACCACAGUGUGGAAAAAAUCAAAGAUAAAGUUAACGUCGGUUGUAAACUAAUUCAAACGUUGAUUGCCGAAAUAUUGUACGAAUAUGGAUUUGGAAGGAAAACGUUCGCCUUGACACAAGAAGAUGCAAAUGGAAAUGGGGAUGGCAGUUGUUUAAUAUUUCAUAGCAAGCUAGAUGUCGAAUCAGCUGCUACAAUGAGUUCCGAAGAGUUAUGGGAAUACUUCGGUAGAGAAAUUAUGACAUCCGAACAUGGUUUUAAAAAUCGUAAAUUUUUAGCCUUUUUAUCGCACGGUCAAGGUAAAAUAUCUCAAAAUUUAGCUAUCGGUGGCGGUGGGUUAGCUUUAUGUAGCGCUGAAUACGUUAGAUCAUGGCCUGGUUCUAUCGACGGUAUCAAUAAUUGUUUUAAUAACGAAGUAAUGCAUAAUUUCUCGCUCACUAACAAUAUAAAAAAUAACUUGAGCAGCUCAUUGGGUGCUGUUUGUCACGAAUUGUGCCAUACGUUUGACUUGGGUCACACGACGAAUGGAAUAAUGGGUGGAGAUUUCGAUCGUAUUGGGAUUAUAUUUUCGUCUGAAAAGUGCGCUUUGCCACCACAAGUUGCUACGAAAAUACAAAAUCUCAAUUGUAAAGGCAGUAAAAGAGAUUGUUUGAUUGUUCACCAAGGUACUUCUCAUCGGAAAUUACGUAUAAAUUACUCGGUAAAUUGUAACAUUUUCCCUCCAAGCGUUCCCGCUAGUUCUUUUUUGGAAAGUUGUACUUCAGAUGUUGAUAGAACAACAGUUCUAGAUGAGAAAACUAAAAUGAAGCAUAUCUUUCCGACUGUGUCAUUCUUGAGCAUUGGCUGUGCAUCUUUAUUAGCUUAUCAUAAGUGGAUUAAUCAAAGUUCUUUCAGUAUCAAAAAUAUCAACAUAAAUUCUGAAAUCGAUGAAUGCUCGACUCUUCGUUACGAUGCCAUUCGAAAUAUCGUCACGUCGACGUUCAGUUUAGUCUUGAUUCAGUUGAGAAAUCAUGACGGAUACGUCUUGAAAUCGUGGGAAUUUUUCGAGAAAAAACCCAAAACAUUAUUUCUCGUUCCAAUUUGUGAGAGUAGGAAAGCUGACUUUAUUGUAAUCCAAGACAUAAAAGGCAAUUUACUGAAACGAGACAUCGAACAUUUUUUAACCGAUAUCUAAAAAUGCUUUUCACUUUUCUAGUCAAUGAUUCACUUUUACACGUAGGUUUAGCUAGAGUGAACUAAUUUAUUUUAUUUUUUUAAAAGUUGCCGUACUUAAUUACUUACUUAAGUAUUAGUGUAUUUUUGUCGAAAAGUGAAUAAAACAGAAUUUAAUAUU